GCAUCUUGGGACAGGUUUUGCUUUGGACUCCACCCCCAUCUCUGCAUCUCCAUCACCGCUUCUGGUUGAUCCAGACAGUGCAGCACCACCCCCCAGGUAGGGCAUCUCUGGAGGACUUGGGGCUGUAAAAAAGACCUGCUUUUCUCAGAUGUCCCUCUGACCGCCUGCAUCUGUUGUUCAGAGCCAGGGAGGCUGCAGUGUGAGCAGAGAGGAUUUUUCCCUUCAUUUUUUCCUUCUCUCCACCUCUCUCCAUCUCUCUGACCCUCGCUUAUCCUCAUCCUUCUCCUCCUCUCCAUACUCUCUGCACUCCACACCACAUCCAUUAUCUCAGACCACCAUCCAUUUAGCAUAGACCUGCUGUUUGAUACCGUUCAGAAGAAUGGGGAUCGAGAGUCAAGGUCCGACGGCCCCUGCAGGAAACCUGACCGCCCAGCAGGUGAAAACUUUCCAGAAGAUGGAGCCGAAGGCCCUAGGGUCAAUCCAGAUAAUCAUCGCAGUCCUCUGUCUGUGCCUGAGUGUCUCCAUCCUUCAGAUCUACUACGAGGUCCACUUCUAUCCUGACGUCAUCGUGGUGGUAGUGAUCGUAGUGCAGCUGUUGGCGUCCGGCUCCAUCCUGAUCCAUGCUGGCAGGUUUCCCUCUUUAUUUUGGGUAAAAACCACACUGGUUGUCCACCUGGUGAGCGCUGCGUUCGCCACGGCGAUGCUGGGCCUCCUGUCCCGACACCUGCCCUACCGCCAGGACUCCUACCACUGCGAACACUGCCGCAGACUGGAGAUAUACGCUGUGCAACAGUAUUGUUUCAAGAAAUGCACUUACACGGUCGAAAGAAACUGUAAACUCUUGAUUGACGGCUUGCUGGCCACGCUGGUGCUGUUCCUGGUGGUGGAGCUGGUGAUCUGCAUUGUGACGAUUCUCUUCGGACUCAAAGUUCUGGCCAAAGGAGGCCUGCAGCUGCUUGGAGUAGGUCAGCGUGUGGAACGUCCUGCAGCUGCACCCACGCCUGAGAUCGCUCCAGUUCAGCAGGCGGAGGUGGUGGUGACGGAGGUGGAGCCUGAACCAGCACCAGCAGCAGUAAUAGAAGAAGUCCCCACCCCUCCUACCGAACCUCAGGUGGAGCCCAUUGACUCUAUAGCGGAGGUCUGACCCAGGGUCAGGUGAUCCCUCUCCUCCAGUCAGAGAGGAGAAUCAGAUAGGGUCACUGUGAGGGGUUGUAAUUCAGGAGAAUUCAUCAGAGAAGUGAACCAGGCUGUAUAUAUCACUACACCCAACAGAGCAUUCUCUGCUGCAGAAAGAACAGUGAAAGGGACUCAACUCAGCUCAUAACCACAUCAGGUGACGGAGGUAAACUGUCUCUCCUGCCAAGUGACUGUCAGUAACAGUUGACUUUAUUCAUAACUACCACGCCACAAUUAAGCAACAGGCAGUGUCCGGUUAAGUGAGACAUUGUGAUUCGAGUCAGUUUUAUCAAAGCAUGGUGACCUCAAGACCUUAAUGGGGCCAUAUCAUAGAAAAAAAGGCUCCUGGCUUUUUUAUUAGUUUGAUCCACUUUGUAAAAACUGUUAAAUAUAACAUUGAGUUUGUUUACACAUACUCAAUAAAUCAAUCCAGAUUUCUGCAGAUGUCUGAUUAUUCGAAUGGUCAUGUAUUUGUGGGGAUUUCUCAGAUCAGAGACAGGUCUAGAAAUCGAGUAAGUCCGAUAAAGAGGCUGGAUUUUAGCCCAGUAAUCAGAUUUCUCCGUGCCGUAAACUCUCACUCUGAUUUCUUUCGUAUUUCUCAGUCUGAGCGUGUGUGAAAACGGACUGCGGCACCGGAAAUAAGUGGAAUACACGCUUGACGAAAUGAAGGAUUUAAAUAUUCUUCAUUUUCUAGACGAUGUAUGUUCAUAUUUUCAACUAAAGUGGCGCAAUGGGUUAAAAAAACCAGCCACAGCAUUGAGUUUGAGCUUUACGUUACGUUUAUGACCUCCUCUUCUUCUGUGAGUUUAUUGGCUGGUUGCAAAGCAGGAAUCUGAUCCCUGUCUGACUCGCGUAGACCUGGAAUUUCCCCCAUUGUCUGAUUACUCAAGUACACGUAAACGCGUCAUAUUACUGACUAAAUCUGAUUUUCUGCAGUUAUCGGAUUAUUGAGUGCAUGUAACCAAACUCAUUGACUUCUCUGACCACAUAUGCAGAAAUGUUUUGAACCUAUCAUGGUUGUGACAUCACAACCAUGAACACAUUUUCAAAUGCCUGCCCGGUUCACCUGUAGCAGUUAAGCCCUGCCCAUUCCCCUGAAAGUGAUAUGGAGUUGUUCCGUCCAUAACAAUGUGGAAGAUUUGGGAAAAUUGAUUAAACGUUGUGCUGUUCGUGGCUUUUGGGAAGUAAAAGACACAUUGCAGCCUUCCGAAGGAUCUAAAAGGAGAGGCUGAAUUUGCCUCUUUUUUAAAUUUAUUUUUUAUUUAUUUUUUAUAAAGUCUCACACCCCUGGGCUUAUUUGAAUGAGACACAGUACAGAGCUGCCAAUCAGAACAGAGCUCAUUUACAUAUCUUAGUCUUAAAGGCGCAGUAACAAAAACAGCCUGUUGAAUUCUAAGCGUUAAAGAGAGGUUAGAAAUGGUUAGACAGGAUGAACCACACAUUAAACCACACAAACUUCAGAACUGGACCUCAGGGGACAAACAAAGCAAGAAUUAUGUAGACUAUGACCUCUUUAACUGCUAUACAGUUUUCACAACAUUGAGGUCAGUGCUUUGGGGAAACUGUCCUGAACUUCAACGCCCCCAACAGUGAUUCCUGAACAUGAAACACUACACCGUCAUGUCCAUUAUGUCAGUAUAUACUGGUAAAUAUUGUAAUAUAUGACUUGUAAAGUUUUGUUUUGCCUUAAAUGUAAUGUAAUCUAAAUCAAGCACCAUCAUCUAACUGUAUGAAUCUCACGCUGUAGUCUGAAUACUUGAACUGUAGAGAGUGUAUGAGUGAUUACUGCGAUCUGGCCUGUGUUCCACUAACAUUUUGGUUCUUGUGCUCUCCAGAAAGAUUCCUGUAGAGGAUUUUAGUGCAUCAUGUGGUCUUAAGCCGUGUUCUAAUCACUCUGUCUCAAAUCGAGUACUCCUGGGUGUACCAUCCACUUUUACUGCACGUAAGGAAUAGCCACUGGUAAAUGCAUCGGGAUACAGUGUACUGUUGGUUCCUGGAUGUUGUAGUAGAACCGGUGAAAAGGGUGCCAUUCAUAGAGGAAGAGGGCGGAGCCUUCAGAGGAAAUUUUUAAACUUUGUUGUGUGUUGGUGGCACUUUAUUUUUCUGCACUUGGAUUUUACACGUAUUCAUGCUUAGAUUUCGCACAAUAUCUGUAUUCCUGCUGGUGUUUUCAUUGGCUGGUUUACCUCAGGCAGCUCAGAUGUUUAAAAUAUUAGCAUAAUAACCAGCCAUGAUGAAUUAUGGCUAACAUUAGUCGGCCAAUUCUUAACCUAGAUGUGAUUAAAUAACAUGAGGUACUUCGUGGUGAUUCGUCAUUCCCAUUUAGUGUAAAACAGUUUAGUAGUGAGUCACCGAAGUAAAAAGUCCUGCAAUUGAAACCAGAAUUCAGGACACGUUCAGCCCAAAACUGAAACCAAAAACUCAUUUGCCAUUUUUUAUACUUUUGAAUUGACGUGAUGAUGCUGACUGUGCUGCAAAGACGAUAAAUACCAUGUUGAAAAAAGGAACUGAGAGAACGAUAAAUAUUAAACAGCUUGCUAAAUAAUGUUAAAUAUUACAGAUAUUAAAUAAUUAUUGGAAAAAAUCAAAUUAUGAAAUUGGCAUCUGUAGCUGACUUCCAGAUUGCCUCAAAAAACACCAAACUAUUGUUUUUUUAAGUACGUAAGCCGUGUGGACGUGCUUUUGGAACUCCUGUCUAGCCGUCUGAAGUUUCUCCAGCAGGGGUCGCUGUGAGCACGCGAGAUUCUGCUUUAGUGUUCAUCAUGUAGUGAAGAGGCAGCCAUGAACCCACACCAGCAGGAUCUACCAAAUGCCUGUGUUUGCAGUGUCAACUUUCAGAAUGACAGGUAAACAUGUUUAUUACUCACACAUAAUAAGCUACUCAGUGUUAUUUGUGUGAUUUCCAGUAAAUCAUUCCAAUAUAUCAGUUAGUGCCAAGAAGCAUGUAAGAUAAAGACUGGAUAGAUUUUCAGUGGCCAAAAUUGAGGUUGUCAAUUUGAGAGAGUGCUACAUUAAGACAGCCCAGGAACUAAAUGCCGCAGCGUGCCUGAGUACGGUGCCCGAACUGAGACACAGUGAUUGGUUUUUAAAUAGAAGUUUCCAUCAAAUCCGUGUAAACUAUGAAAACAGAGACUGAGGAUCUGAUUUUCUUCGCUUCGUAUCCCUCAGGUGGCGGUGUGUUUAUAUUGUUUCACGAUAUUAUCAACUUGCUGCAUAUCUUUUGUCACGUGGAAUCAAGGCUGCUGUAUUUUGAGCUCUGCUUUAUCGUGUUUCACAGAAUUCAUAGACACAAAGCAUGCUUUAUUUUUUUAAACAUUUCAGGGUCUGAGAAAAAUAAAUUGCCUCACUUGAUUCCAAAGCACUACUGACACAGGCACUGUUUGUCACUAUUGUAAAUCAGGAACUGGUGCAGUGUAACAUCAUCCUCUCAUGCUGUUUGCAGUCCUUUUAUGUAUCUGUGUUUAAACCUGGGUUCUUCACUCUGUACAUUCUGCCGUCAUUCUACCUGUGGCUGUGCUGCACUGCAGCUCGGUUGUCACUAGAUGGCAGCAGAAGAAACCGCAGAAACAUUGUGAAUGACACGGUGCGUCCACUUUGUGUUAUCUGCUAUUAUAAUGUAAGUGUGGAGCCAUAAAGCCACAUUGAUGUACCUGCUGAGGCAUAUUGUGUCUACGCUGUUUUCAAUAUGUAAAUACACUAGAGUUGUCCAUUUCA